AUGUCAACAUCCUAUCCAUUCCGGAUCAAGGCAAAAACUGAAGAACAAAGAUAUGAUGAAUCUGCAGAUGUCAAAAAAUAUUCAAACUAUUUUGUGGGUAACAAUUCCCAUUGGUUCAGUCUAAGUGUUUUUUCCCUUUUACUUUUCCUGCAUUUUGGUUUGUUUUGCUUCGUAGAAUUGCAACCAGUAUUUACAUCAGAACCUUCAGAUCCAUUCGCCGUUCUGGAAGGUAACAACAUCACUCUAGAAUGGAGCUAUGAUCUUGCAGGUGGAUCGUUUCUACGCGUUGAAUUCGUAGAUGUUACUUCUUUCCCCACAAUCCGGAUUUUAGAGGUGGACACGAUAGGCCAGACACCACGUUCCUUGGUAAACGACUACAUUGGUCGAGUACAAGUAAAUGUAACAACUACCUAUACGUCCAUUACGAUCCUUGGGGCUAACAGAACAGUCGACAGUAAGGAUUAUGAGUUUGAGGUUGUCCUAAGCGGCGGCAGCCUGACUGCCAGUGUAGUGACGAUUUCAGUGCAGUAUGAUCCAGAAUUCGCUAGUGCCAGUGGUGAUCAAGCUGUUGUUGAAGGUGGUCCCAGUAUUAUAUUAGAGUGUAUUCCAAUUGGUGAACCUCUUCCAAACAUCACCUGGACCAGAUUGCUUGACAAUGGCAGUGACAGCAAUGUGCUGUUUACUGGGGAGCAGUUUGUACUUGACAACAACAGAAGUUCCACUGGGACAUAUCGCUGUACUGCAGACAAUGGGAUAGGAACUGCUCCCAACCGCACUAUUGCUGUGGGCGUUACUUACAAACCAGAGAAUGUCAUGUUAAUGGUAAAUGAUUCAAACAUCUGUGAGGGUGAUAUCAUCAGUAUCAACUGCUCAGCUGAUGGUAAACCUUUGGUUCAUACAUAUCAACUGUUUGAGAAUGAUAUACAAGUGCCUGACAGUGACACCAAAGGAGUAUGGAAGAGAACAAUGUCAGCUCAAGGAAACUUCACCUACAGAUGUGUGGCCAACAACACCGUAGGCACAAGCGACAAGAAUGUUACAGUUUCUGUCAAUGUCCCAGCAUUUUGCAUUGUACAUAACUACAAACCAGAAAAUUUCAAAUUUGCGACAAGUAAGAUAGAAGUCUGCCAGGAUAAAGUGGUCAACUUUACCUGCUCUGCUGAUGGUAACCCUGCAGUACAAACUUAUCAGCUGUUUGAGAAUGAUACACUGGUGACUGAUGGUAGUAACAGUCAUGGACUGUGGAACAAAAUAAUGUCAACUGGUGGAGUGUUCACCUACAAGUGUGUGGCUAAUAACAUUGCAGGAACAGGACAAAGUGAAAGUGUUACUGUUAUUGUUAAAGUGCCUUCGUCCCUAGAACCAAUACAGAAUAAAACAAUUAUAGAAGGUAGCAAUGUGACUCUGUCAUGUAACGCAUCUGGAAUUCCCCCAUCACUGGUGUCUUGGAUCAAGGUUGGUGGUCAUAUGCGUAUUAAUGGAAAAGAACUGGUGUUCACAAACAUUAACAGGAUUGAAGCUGGAGCAUACAUGUGUGAAGCCAGUAAUCAGUGUGGAAAUGAGUUGAGACUGUCCUUCUGA